UAAGGGUAACGCUUACAAGCAAAGAAGAAUAAUAACACAAUCUCCCUUCUAAAGAAUAAACCUUGCUCAGUAGCAAAAUUGCCAAAUUAAUUGGCUCCGUCUCUCAAUUGCAUUCUCUUCUCCGCCAAGCAAGCUCGAAUCGGAAAAUCCAGUCGAUUGCAUCUCUUUCUGUGACUGGAUUGUGUUCCGAUGACGUGUCCAGAAGACGAAACGGCGGUUCUUUUGCUGCCGACGAGAGUCGAAGGCGAUGACGUCGAGAAAGGGGGUUAUGUGAAACUGAGUGAGGGUCAAGAAUCAUCAUCAUCAUCAGGGCAGGAAGAAGAAGAAGAAGUAAAGGAGGCUGCUACGUCGCCGUUUUGGUUCUGGGUCAAGCUUGCUCUUUUAUUCUCUUUCCUUGCUUCCUUGGCCUUCGUUGCUUACAGAUGGCUCGGUCCUUUAAUCAUGGACAAGGAGCUAAUCCCGAUUAUCAAAUGGGAGAUUAGGACUUUCACACAUCCAGUGUGCGGUCUUCUUGUCUUUGCAUCCGUGGCUGUGUUCCCCACUAUACUUCUUCCCUCUACUCCCUCCAUGUGGAUCGCUGGGAUGACCUUUGGUUAUGGCUACGGCUUUCUACUUAUUAUUUCAGCUGCUGCUGUUGGUGUCUCGCUUCCUUACUUCAUUGGACACCUCUUCCGCCACAAAAUUCAAGGAUGGAUGGAAAGUUAUCCUGAUCAAGCAGUUGUACUAAGAGCUGCCGGUGAAGGCAAUUGGUUUCACCAGUUUCGAGCAGUGACUUUAAUCCGGAUUUCUCCGUUUCCUUACAUUCUUUAUAACUACUGUUCUGUUGCAACUCGUGUUAAGUACGGUCCUUACAUCACUGGAUCUCUCUUAGGCAUGGUCCCUGAGAUCUUUGUUGCUAUCUAUACAGGGAAUCUUGUAAAGACAUUAGCGGAAGCAUCUUCUGCAGAUAAACACGGGCUCUCGGUUACACAGAUUAUUCUCAACAUUCUCGGCUUUUUAGGAACUGUUGCUACAACGGUUCUCAUCACGAAGUAUGCGAAAAGACAGCUGGAGACCAUGAAGAAAGAGGAAGAAGCAUUGUUGCAAUAAAACCUCACGUGAGAAACUCUUGACUUGCUUUUAUCCCUUGAAACAUCUCCUUGUCUCACUCCUUACACAGUUCAGGUCUGCUCCGAGACGUGAAAGAGCAUUGGUUAUUUUGUCUCCUUGGUUCUUCAUCUCUUUAAUUAACACAGCCUUCAAAAAGAAGAAGAAACUAACACCAUUCUUGAUUCUUAGGUGUAAGUAAGUAUUGUGUACUUGUGUGGCUUUGAUGUGGUGACAUGAAUUAAAAAAAAACACAAAUUGUUGUUAUUUGCAGUGGUAUUGUGAAACGAUGAAAAUGAGAGAAUCUUCGUUUGAUUUA